GGUUGGCCCAGGACUGGCGGACGGGCGCCGUGGGGUGCAAGUCUCUGACGGGGCAUCCGUUUUAAUCCGCCCUCGCCCCCUAGCCUCGGUCCCGGCCAUGAGAUCUCCGCACCUCCACCCCUCCACCGCCUCUGGCCCCCGGGCUCGGGCAAUGCUGCUGCUGCCGCUGCUCGUGACGCAACUCUGGGCCGCGGAGGCGGUGCUGCUCCCCAGAAACGACACCGACUUAGACCUUGUGGCCUCCGGCGCCCCGUGCGCACGCGGUUCGCAGCCCUGGCAGGUCUCCCUCUUCGAUGGCCUCAAGUUCCACUGCGCGGGCGUCCUGGUGGACAAGAGUUGGGUGCUCACAGCCGCGCACUGCGGGAACAAGCCUCUGUGGGCUCGCGUGGGGGACGACCACCUGCUGCUUAUCCAGGGCGAGCAGCUCCGCAGGACCACCCGCCCCAUCGUCCACCCCAAGUACCAGCAUGGCUUGGGCCCCAUUCUGCCGCGGCGGACAGACGAACAUGACCUCAUGCUGCUGAAGCUGGUCAGGCCGGCUGUGCUGGGGCCUCGCGUCCAGACCCUGCGCCUGCCCUACCGCUGUGCCCAGCCGGGAGACCAGUGCCAGGUGGCUGGCUGGGGCACGACGGCCACCCGAAGAGUGAAGUACAACAAGGGCCUGAGUUGCUCCAGGGUCACUGUCCUGAGCGCUAAAGAAUGCGAGGUCUUCUACCCUGGUGUGGUCACCAACAACAUGAUGUGUGCAGGACUGGACCAGGGUCAGGACCCCUGCCAGAGUGACUCUGGUGGCCCUCUGGUCUGUGACGAGACCCUGCAGGGCAUCCUUUCAUGGGGCAUUUACCCCUGCGGCUCUGCUCAGCAUCCAGCUGUCUACACUCAAAUCUGCAAGUACACCUCCUGGAUAGAGAAAACCCUGCGCUCCAACUGACCCCCAGGCCGGGAGCCUCUACCAGCUGCCUCUUCUCCCUUCCUGGGCAGUUGCGGGGGCUGGGCUCCUCCCCUGCCCCGCUCGAACCUCCGCUGCCCAUCCACACCUGCUGAUGUCUCUCCUCCUCCCUUAACCACCCCACCCCACCCCCCGCCCACUGCUGCUCUCUGCCCGCUUUGGAGCCAAACUGCCAAAAGCAAUGGCAAAGUUUUUUGUUUUUUUUUUUUUUAAUUUAAGAGAAACAAGGAAGCUGGUGGUCACCCCAUCUCUGAGAGGAGUUGUCACUCACCAAACCAGGCUUCCUCUACCACUCUCUGCUGUGUGACCUCAGGCAAACUAAGCACCCUCUCUGGGCCUCUAUUUCCUCACCUGGAAAAUGAGGACAAUGAAGUGCCUACCUCAUAUUCCCACUGUGAGGAGACUAUGAUAUAACAUGAGUGUGUAGGUUGCUAUGGUAAUUAUCAGUAAAGCAUUAACACAGUGGGUGGUGAGCCCUGAUUAAAUGUUACCUGUUGUCAUG